CCGCUCGGGGCCUUCGCCAUGGCCCGCAAGAAGAAGGGCGGCGGGAGCCAAGGCCGCCUGGUGCUCACCUUCGACGAGGAGAAGCGGCGGCUGGAGCCCCCCAGGAACGGGCAGGCGCCCUCUGCCCCUGCCUUGGAUGGGCCCCGAGUAGAGACGUUGUAAAUGGUGGUGUAGACGUCCUGCUUUCCUCCUCCCCGCUAAGAAAAAAACAGGGGCCACCGGGCCCUCCUCGAGGUCGGGACCAUGUCAUUCUCUCCAUUUUAUGGAGCAGAAAACCGAGGCUGCCCCAGGCUUCCAGGGGAAGAAGGGACCCUGGAGUUUGAACCCACGUCCCUUGGCAGCAAUUCCAACGGUCUUGCCCCCGAGUGGGAUACGCUGCCUGGGAAGGGACUACCUGACGGGCUUCCACAAGCGGAAGGUGGAGCGCAGGAAGGUGGCCCUGGAGGAGAUCCGCAGGAAGCUGAAGGAGGAGCAGCGGAAGCUCCGGGACGAGCGGCACAAGGAGUACCUGAAGAUGCUGAAAGAUCGGGAAGAGGCUCUGGAAGAGGCAGACGAGCUGGACCGGCUGGUGACCUCCCAGACCGCGUGUGUGCGGUACGACCACCCCAACCACACGGUGACCGUGACCACCAUCAGCGACCUGGACCUCUCAGGGGCCCGGCGCCUGGGGCUGCCCCCGCCUGGGGGAGAAGCAGACCCUGCGGCAGAGGGAGCAGAGACCCCCGCACGUGGUCCCGGGGCUUUGCCCAAGAAGUCUCGGAACCCCUUCCUGUCUCAGAGGAUCUCCUCCCUCACAGCCUCCCUCCACGCACGGAGCCAGAGGCGGGCCGAGAGGAAACGCCCACAUCCACGCCGUGGCCUUGAUUCCGCUAAGAAGCCACCCAGCGCCACGCGGACCAGCAAGGCUCACCGCCGCAGGAUGACCGGCGGGAACAGGCGAGACGGUGGCCCAGGGUAGGGGGGCGCCUUUCCCCCAUGCCCUCUCCUUGUUGCCCCCUCCUCGAGGCUGGAAUCUUCUGGAAGCUGCCACAGAGCCCCCCCACCUGCCUUUGCUACCCAGACCUUGUACCCUCACAGCUAAGGAGGCCCGGGUUCGAGUGUCCCCACCCCAGGGCCGGGCUUUGGGGGCCUUGAAUUGGACCCUUGCAACCUCAGUAUUGUUCCCGAGGCUUCUCUGGUUAGUCUGGGGGACUCGACCCAAAAGAAAGCGCCUGUGGGCAGGGCAGGGCAGAGCUCGCUGAGGGUGCCCCAGCCUCUGAGAAUCCUCACACCGACUUCCUGUUUCUCCUUUGAGUGAAACGAUGGACCCCAGAGAGUGUUGGCUGACAGCCCCUUCCAGGCAGGGUUGGGCCUGGCCUUGGGACUGUUAGAUGGGGAUAUCCCCACUUGCUGCUGGGUGAUCUGGGGCGGGUGUGCCCCUCCUUCCCUCCUCUGCGAUUGGUCACCUCGAGCCUGCCCAGCUGCAGGAAAAGCUGCUUCGGUCCCUGCCCCCCUCUAGCCCUUGGUGAUUUUGAGAGGCUGUGACCAGAGAGGUGUCAAUAAAGUCUGGCCAGUGAACAUGUUA